AUGCCCGACGCAGUGGCUGAUCUUGCCACUCGCCUCCGAUGUUGCUCCUGCAUUGUGGCCGGAGAGCAAAUCCACAGGGAGAUCAAAGCAUCCGCUCUCGAGCACAACAGGUACCUUGCAAACUUGCUCGUCCAAAUGUAUGGCAAGCUUGAUAGAUUGGGCGAAGCACGCGCUGUCUUUGAUAGCAUCCACGCUCCCGAUGCCUUCUCUUGGAGUAUUAUGAUCGCGUGCUACACGAAAGGCGGCGAGAUCGAAGCUGCGAGGCGCCUUUUUGAUGCUGCUGGGACUGAUCCGGGGGUCGUGUCAUGGAACACCAUGAUCACGGCAUAUGCCCGAAUUGGGGAUCUCAGCGAGGCCAAGAAGCUUUUCCAGAAAAUGCCGAAUCCCAAUGCUGUUACGUGGACGGCGAUCCUCACAGCAGUUGCGGAGAACAGCUCGCUCCAGGAAACGCGAGAACUUUUUGAUGCAAUGCCAGAGAGAAAUCUUUCAUCGUGGAACGUAAUGCUUAAUGCAUAUGCCCGAACUGGGCACUUGGGAGAAUCUGAAAACUUGUUCUGCACUUGCCCUGAGAGAAACAUUCGGACUUGGAACGCUUUACUGCAUGCAUGCGUCCAAAACGGAAAUGUUCUUGAUGCCCAAGACGUGUUCUCACGGAUGCCCGAGAGAGAUGCUGUGUCGUGGACGGAUAUGCUCAUGGCGUAUGCCACCUUUGGGCAUACUGAAGAUGCCAAGAAUUUGUUUAGACAGAUGCCAGAGAAAAACACUGUCGCGUGGAACAUUAUGGUAAACGCAUUAUUCCAAGGUGGUUGUUCGAACGAGGCUAAGGAAUAUUUCGACAAGGCUCCGAAUCCAAAUGUAGUGACCUGGAACUCUAUGAUCCUUGCGUAUAUCCGUUCUGGAUAUAUAGCGGAGGCGAGGCGGCUCUUUGAUUCGAUGCCAAUGCGAGAUUUGAUAACUUGGAAUUCAAUGAUCCAAGCAUAUGCCGAUGCCUUAGAUUCCCACAGUGCCGAUGCUCUCUUUGAUCGAUCUCCACAACACAAUGUGGUGUCGCGGACCACAAUGUUGGUCAUGUAUGCCGAGGUUGGGCAUCUGGAAGAUGCCAAACGAAUCUUCGACACGAUGCCAAGCAAGAACAUUGUGUCGUGGACGGCGCUGCUGCAGGCAUAUGCCGAGGCUGGGAAUCUCGACGAUGCCGAGAGGAUAUUUCACCGGAUGCCCGAGUGGAAUAGCGUGACGUGGAAUGCGAUGGUUGGUGGAUAUGGCGUUGCUGGAAAUGUAAAUAAAGCGGAAUCCAUGUUUAGCGAGAUGCCGGAGAGUGACGUGUUGUCGUGGAACGUUAUGCUGGAGGUAUAUACCAGCAAUGGGCAUCUUGGAGACGCAAAGGCACUGUUUGAUAGAAUGCCGUGUUGGACUCAAACAUCGUGGAAUAUUCUGCUAGCGGCAUACGCGGAGGGGUCUUUGCUAGAGGAGAUGCUCUGGUUGCUCGACUCCAUGCCUGGGAGAAACGUUGCCAGCUGGACGAUUGCGAUUGCGACACUUGGCGCGAAUGGGCAUCUGUGUGAGGCGGAGAGAAUCUUCGGUUUGAUGCCAGAGCACGACCUCGUGUGCUGUACGGCGAUGCUCACGGUAUUGGUACACCACAGGAAGUGUUACAAAGCAAAGCUCUUUUUUGAAAAGAUUCCAGAGCGCAGCCAGGUAUCUUGGAACACGAUGCUGGAAGCAUAUGCCCUGUCGCGGGAUAUCCAUGGCGCGAGAAUCUUUUUCGAACGCAUGGAGGCGCGGGAGGCGGUGGCGUGGGGCAGUGUGAUUGGAUCGUACGCAAACGCUGGCCUCAUGGAAUCCGCCAUGACACUCUUCCGUACCAUGGCCAUGGAGGCUCUAGCUCCCGACGAGAUUAUCUUCCUCAGCGUUCUCUCGGCUUGCAAUCACGCCGGAUCGCUAGAACAGGGCUUGCGCUGCUUCAUGUCGAUGAUCGCAGACUAUGGAUCGGCGCCACGGAGGGAGCACUACACUUGCUUGAUCGAUCUUCUCGGCCGGGCGGGGGAAUUACUCGAUGCGGAAGAGAUCAUUAGCAAGAUGCCAUUCAAGCCGGAUGCCACGGCCUGGGGGUCGCUGCUGAGCUCCUGCGCAGGGGUGAGAGAGAUCGAUCGAGGGACGAGGAAAGCCAGGGCGGCAUUCCAAUCCAGUGAUAGCUCCAGCCCCUAUAUUUCCCUCGCUAAUAUGCGCUCCAGAAAUUAG